AUGGAAACAAAUUAUAAAUAUGUUUUCCAAUUAUCAAGACAACAAACUAAUAAACAUAUUCAGAAAAUUGAAAGGAAGAAUAAAGAUCUAGUAAAAGAUCUAGAAGAAGAAUAUGGGUAUGCAACUAAUCAAGCAUUAAACUUAGACAGAAAAGAUUUUGAAGCAAUGCAAGAGUAUGAACAACAAAUCUUAAUGGAAAGAUUCGCCAGGCAAAUGGAACAAUGUGAAAGUGAACCAUUACAAGAACAAUAUCAAGCAAAAUAUAGAGAAUUAUUGGGAGCAUCACUAGAAAACCUAGAUAAAGUGCAUGACGUAGAAGACGAAAAAGAACGAAUAUUUUAG